UAUGAAGGCUAGAAGUGCUGGCUGGCACAGAGCAAAGGUUCAAUCUACAUCAGGUGUAAAUCUGCAUAAUCUCCACCAUGAAGAUAUUGACUCUGCCGUUUCUACUCUUGGCCUUGAUGGCUCUGAGCCAAGCUGCCGGUUCUCCAGUUGCUGUGGCUGAAAGUGAGACUAAAGAAAUUCCUGCAGAAGCUGCCAAUGAUCAACCUGAGACUCUUCCAGAAGGUUCUCCCGAUGAAAACGACAAAACUGAGAAUGAGGAAACCGUUUCAGAAGUAAACUCUGACCUGGUCAAGAGGUCUGGAUAUUGUCCCGAUGGCUGGUAUGAGCACAAACGCCGCUGCUUCCGCUUCAUGCCAAAACCCAUGAGAUGGGCUCAAGCUGAGAAAAACUGUGUGUCCAUGGGGGCGAACCUUGCGUCUAUCCACAACAUUGACGAGUACCAUUUUGUCCAAGACUUGAUACGGCGUGCAACACAUUCGUUAAAAGAAGCAUGGAUCGGAGGCGCUGAUGCAGAGGAGCGUGGGGUUUGGUUGUGGAGUGAUGGAAGUGCUUCCCACUACACCAACUGGUGCCGUGGAGAGCCCAGUUUUGGACAACACUGUUUGCAGAUGAACUAUAGCAAUGCCAAGUGCUGGGAUAAUUUGGGUUGUCAUGAAUACCGUCCUUUCGUCUGUGCCAAGAGAGUCUGGCGGUUCCGGGGUUCACACAGAGGAAUGGUGUCAGCGCCACAACCACAGGAUGUGCUUCGGUGUUUGUUUCCAAAUUCAUCUUAUAAGCCCUAACCCUCUGAGAUAACCCAAAGGGGCUCUUUCUACCUUUUCAAAGCUUCGCUCAUUACUCUCUCUCUCUGCAACGCAACCAAAGGAAUGAAGCGACAAGAAACAGCAUCUGGAUUUUCUCUGUUUAAAAAUAAACCUUUGAAGCAUCAGA